AAAAGGACAUCGCCCAUGUGUUGUUGCUUUUAGUUUUAGUGCUUAUUGCGUUAGGGCGAAACCUGAAACGCAGAAAGAAACACUGCCGCCGUCUUCUCUUCCGUAAAGAUGUCGAUGUCAAAGAGCUCAAAGAUGCUCCAGUACAUCAACUACCGUAUGCGAGUCACUAUCCAAGACGGCCGUCAGUUGGUUGGUAAGUUCAUGGCCUUCGACCGCCACAUGAAUCUCGUCUUAGGCGACUGCGAAGAGUUCCGCAACCUUCCCUCCUCCAAAGGCAAGACCGCCCCCACCGAAGACCGCCGCACUCUCGGCCUCGUCCUCCUCCGUGGCGAAGAAGUCAUCUCCAUGACCGUCGAAGGCCCGCCUCCUCCCGAAGAGUCCAGAGCCAAAGCUGCUAACGCCGCCGCUAUGGCUGGUCCUGGCAUUGGCCGAGCUGCCGGUAGAGGCAUUCCUACUGGGCCUCUUAUUCAAGCCCAGCCUGGUCUUGCUGGGCCCGUCCGUGGAGUCGGUGGGCCUGCACCUAACAUGAUGCAGCCACAGAUGAUGUCGAGACCUCAGCUUUCUGCUCCGCCUGUGAAUUACCCGACUCCGCCUGUGAUGCGGCCCCAGGUGUAUCCCGGGGGCCCGCCUCCGAUGAUGCGGGGCCCACCGCCUAUGCAACAGGGACAGCAGUUUGUUUCCAGGCCUGGUGGACCACCGCCGCCGCAGCAGUUCGUGCCGCAGUUUGCGCAGAGGCCGAUGGGUCCGCCACCGCCUGGUGGUCAGAUGAUGAGAGGACCACCGCCGCCGCCGAUGCCUCGUCCUGGAAUGCAACCUCCGCCUGUUGGUGUUUAUGGGCCUCCACGUCCUAAUAUGCCUCCUCCACCAAACCCUCAGAAUCAACAGCAGCAGCAACAGCAACAACAACAGCAGUGAUUAGUACAUUAGGGAUAUUACAAUGUGCUGUGAAGACUUUUCAGCUGGAUCUUCUUCUUUUACUACCUUUAAAUACAGUUUCAGAUUUGCUAAUCCUUUGCACUAGGGUGAAUCUUUCGCUAAUACCUUUGGAUAUUAUUGAUGUUAUGUUAUGAUGUUAGCAUAGUCUGGCCUAUAUAUUGACUUUGAAGACAAAUAUUAUAUGUAUUUUUGUUAGAGCAGGUUUUCAGGUGAACAAUUUCGUGACAUGCUAUGGGUAUAUAUUAGAGAUCAAGAUUCGCUGGU